CUGAAAUGACUGUUGAUAUCAAAGUUAUUGCAUAUUGCACGGUUUUCGGAUGUGCAUUAAUUCUUGUUUUAUAUAAAUUACUUAGAGUGAAAAUGGGAUUUUUAAGAAUUCUUGGCAUUUGUGCAGUACUUUGUGUAUUUGAAGUUACUGGCAUAGAUUUCACUAUUUCUAGGGAGAAAAUUUUACUAGGAAGUUCAGGAACAUUAACUAUGAGAUGUGAUGUUACUGAAACAGAUAUUAAAAAUAUUUACCUUAUACAGAUACGAAGACUUAAAUCAACCACACUUUCUGGAUCAGAUCCUAAUGAUUGGCAGACAUUAGCAUUAAUGGAAAUAGGUACAAAUGAAAGUCCUACAUUAACUGAUGAUAUUACAGCUGUAGCAGGUACUAAAGAUUAUGUUGCUGGAGGAUCAUGGGAUUCUACAACACCUGCUAACACAUAUCUUUCAUUGUCAAUUAAUAUAGAGAAGUUAGUUUGUGAUGAUGCUAGAGUUUAUAGAUGUGAAUUGAUAUAUAAAAGCAUCAUCAUAGAAACAAUUAUUGAUGCUAAAGAGAAUGCCACUUUCUCAGCAUAUGCAAAACCUCAAGUGACAUCAUUAGUUGCAAGGAAGAAUGGUUCCAUUGUACAAGGAAUGUCACCAUCUGACAUGGCGACUUCUGAGGUAGGAGAUGAGUUGGAACUAACUUGUACAGCUAACAUAGGAAGCUUUCCAGGAACCGUAAUUAGAUGGAAUAGAACAUCAGAUUCAGCUUCAGACGAUGAAUUCAUCAUCUAUCAACCACCACUGGGUACAUUCGAUGAUGGUUUUGCAGUCAGCGAUAAUCAGUGUGGUUAUACACGAGUGGCUUUGUUAAAGUACAAUAUUUCAGUUGCUGAUGCCAAUAUGGAUAACAACCUUGCUUUUGAAUGUUAUGUUACUGUAAGUGGGGAUCCUUAUGGAAACUCAACAACAACUGAAAAUAACCCAAAGUUUUAUACUGAUGUUUACGAUUUUAUUACCCUGACAUCUUCGACUAUUGAACUAUCAACAUAUCAACCGCUCAACACCACAGGGAUGAUGAACGGUGCUACAGCUGUUGAAGUGCUAUAUCCUUUAGCAUUAGUGGUAUGUCUGUUCGCAUGUGGUAUCUCCUAA